GAACUCCGCCUACCUGUACAGCUAACCGACGGAGAUUGUUUUCCUCUCGGGGAGAUUUUCACUUUGCAGCCACUGCUUGAAUUGUUUAUUUUAAGCCACAAGCCACUUACAAUUUGCUUUUCACAUAUACGUCGCAAUCGUUACUUUUCUAGUCAGAGGUGUGACGAUUAAUCCACACAUAACGGAUUAUAAAAUAAUCAUCCGCGAACUUCUUGCUGUUUGGGAGAGGGGUCUCACAGCUCUCACAAGCAUGAGUACAGAAUGAAGCGACGUCUGGAGGAUCAGGAUACGGUUUUCGGGCCCCCGCAACGGCGUCUUGCUGGCAACGCCGAGGCUUUCCAGCAUCGGGUCCUGGCCCCUGCUCCAGCUCCGGCUGUGUAUGAAGCUGUGUCUGACAACAUGCAGCCCACAGCAGGUGUCCAGUACUCCGUCCCGCAGGGAUAUCAGGUCCCCACCGUGGCCCAGAACAGCGGCGGGCACGGGCACUCUCCGAGCCCAGCCGUCCACACAGGCUCACACCACCACAGCCCAGCAGUUCAGUCCCACGGGUCCUCCGUGAUGCCGGGCCACAGCCAUACAGCGGCUCCGCAGGCUUCUGCACAAGGCCACCAGCAGUUCCAGAGACUUAAGGUGGAAGAUGCUUUGUCUUACUUGGAUCAAGUGAAGCUACAGUUUGGCAACCAGCCUCAGGUCUACAAUGACUUUUUAGAUAUAAUGAAAGAGUUCAAGUCCCAAAGCAUUGACACUCCCGGGGUGAUCAGCCGAGUGUCGCAGCUCUUCAAAGGCCAUCCUGACCUCAUCAUGGGCUUCAACACUUUCCUUCCACCGGGCUACAAGAUCGAGGUCCAGACGAAUGACCUGGUCAAUGUGACAACACCCGGUCAGAUCCACCACAUCACCCCACAUGGCAUUUCAGUCCAGAACAUCCCCAUAACAGGAGCAGCUACCCAGCAUCAGCCCCAGCUCCCAUCUGCUGCAACAACAACAGCUCCAGCCCUUCUGACACAGCCCACCCCGGCUAAGAUAAGCAAGCCUCCUCAACCCCAGGCUUUAACACCAAGCAGCCAGAGCAAUCCGUCCAUCCCUGCGUACACCUCUCCUCGCUCCCCGCCCGUGCAGCUCCACCCGCCGCUUAGCGGGACCCCCUCCGGCCCACCCAUGCAGAACAACCAGCCUGUGGAGUUCAACCACGCCAUCAACUAUGUGAACAAAAUCAAGAACCGCUUCCAGGGCCAGCCAGACAUCUAUAAAGCAUUCCUAGAGAUUCUCCACACGUACCAGAAGGAGCAGCGCAAUGCCAAGGAGGCCGGAGGGAACUACACGCCGGCUCUGACAGAACAGGAAGUGUACGCGCAGGUGGCCAGGCUCUUCAAGAACCAAGAGGACCUGCUUUCAGAGUUUGGACAGUUUCUCCCUGACGCCAACAGCUCAGUGCUGUUGCAUAAAACCACUGCUGAGAAGGCCGACCAUGAUCACGGUGUCACCACCAAAAAGCUGCAGCUCAACAACAAACAGAGGCCAAAUCAGAACGGCUGCCAGAUCCGUCGCCACCCCACUCCAGGGACCACACCUCCCGUCAAGAAGAAGCCCAAGUUCCUGAAUUUGAAAGAUUCCUCAGUGGCAGACCCCAGCAAGCACGGAGUCGGCACAGAAUCUCUGUUCUUUGAGAAGGUUCGCAAAGCCUUGCGAAGUGCGGAGGCUUAUGACAACUUCUUGCGCUGCCUGGUCAUUUUUAACCAGGAGGUGAUCUCCAGGGCUGAACUGGUGCAGCUGGUGCUGCCCUUUUUGGGAAAAUUUCCUGAGCUGUUCAACUGGUUCAAAAACUUCCUGGGGUAUCGGGAAAUGUCCCACAUCGAAACCUACCCUAAGGAGCGAGCCACUGAGGGCAUCGCCAUGGAGAUUGAUUAUGCUUCCUGUAAAAGACUGGGCUCCAGUUACAGAGCUCUGCCCAAAAGCUACCAGCAGCCCAAAUGUACAGGCAGGACUCCUCUUUGUAAAGAGGUCUUGAACGACACCUGGGUGUCCUUUCCUUCGUGGUCUGAGGACUCCACAUUUGUCAGCUCCAAGAAGACUCAGUAUGAGGAGCACAUCUACAGGUGUGAGGAUGAACGCUUUGAGUUGGAUGUUGUUUUGGAGACCAACUUGGCCACCAUGAGAGUCCUGGAGACGGUGCAGCGGAAGUUGUCUCGCAUGUCUGCAGAGGAGCAAGCAAAGUUUCGAUUGGACAACACGCUGGGCGGCUCCUCUGAAGUCAUACAUCGCAAAGCCAUCCAGAGGAUAUACGGAGACAAAGCGUCCGACAUCAUCGACGGUCUGAAGAAAAACCCUGCUGUUGCUGUUCCUAUUGUGUUAAAAAGAUUAAAGACGAAGGAGGAAGAGUGGCGGGAAGCCCAGCGAGGUUUCAACAAAAUUUGGAGGGAGCAGAACGAGAAGUAUUACCUCAAAUCUCUGGACCACCAAGGCAUUAACUUCAAACAGAACGACACCAAAGUGCUUCGAUCCAAGUCCUUGUUAAAUGAAAUCGAAAGCAUCUAUGAUGAGCGCCAGGAGCAGGCAUCUGAAGAGAACGCCACAACUCUCACAGGACCCCACUUGACUCUGUCCUAUGAAGACAGCCAGAUCCUGGAGGACGCAGCAGCGCUCAUCAUCCACCACGUGAAGCGGCAGACCAGCAUUCAGAAGGAGGACAAAUACAAGAUCAAACAGAUCAUCUACCACUUCAUCCCUGACAUGCUGUUCUCUCAGCGCGGCGAGCUGUCGGACGUGGAGGAGGAGGAAGAAGAGGAAGAAGAGGUGGAACUGGAGGAGGGCGCUUCAAAAAAGCACAAUGGCGUCCCGAGCAGCGGAAGCCCCUCCAAGUCCAAGCUCCUGUUCAGCAACACAGCGGCGCAGAAGCUGCGCGGCUGCGACGACGCCUACAACCUCUUCUACGUCAACAACAACUGGUACAUCUUCCUGCGGCUGCACCAGACGCUGUGCUCGCGUCUGCUGCGGCUCUACGGGCAGGCGGAGCGGCAGAUCGAGGAGGAGGUCAGGGAACGGGACUGGGAGAAGGAAGUCCUCGGGCUCAAGAGGGAGAAGAACGACAAUCCAGCCAUCCAGCUCAGACUGAAGGAGCCCAUGGACUUAGAAGUGGAAGAUUACUACUCAGCCUUCUUGGAGAUGGUUAGGAAUUUGCUGGAUGGAAACAUGGAAGCAUCUCAAUAUGAGGAUUCGCUGAGGGAGAUGUUCACCAUCCACGCUUACAUCGCCUUCACCAUGGACAAGCUCAUCCAAAGCAUCGUCCGGCAGCUCCAGCACAUAGUGAGUGAUGAGAUCUGCGUCCAGGUGACAGACCUCUACCUGGCAGAGAGCGCCAACGGGGCCAGUGGAGGAGCCAUGUCCACACAGGCCUCCAGGAGCUCAAUAGAAACCGUCUACCAGCGGAAAGCCGAGCAGCUCAUGUCUGACGAGAACUGCUUCAAGGUGAUGUUUUUGAAAAACAAAGGGCAGGUGCAGCUCACGGUGGAGCUGCUGGACACAGAGGAAGAGAACUCGGACGAGCCCAUGGAGGUGGAGCGCUGGUCUGAUUACGUUGGACGCUACUUAAACCCAGAUUCUACUACUCCUGAGUUGAGAGAGCACCUCGCUCAGAAGCCCGUGUUUCUUCCCAGGAACCUGAGGCGGAUCAGGAAGUACCAGAAGGGCCGAGAGCAGAUGGACAAGGAAGCUUGCGAGGGAGGCAAGAAAUCCCUGGAAAAGGAGAAGAUGGAGUGCAUGUUCAAGCUCAACUCUUACAAGAUGGUUUACGUCUUUAAGUCUGAGGACUACAUGUAUCGACGCACUGCCCUGAUGCGAGCUCAUCAGUCACACGAGAGGGUGAGCACGCGACUGCACAAACGCUUCCAAGCCUGGGUGGAGGCGUGGGUCAAAGAGCACGUCAGCCGCGACAUGAGCGCCGAGACUACAAAGUGGCUGAUGGGCGAAGGACGUGACGGCCUGCUGCCCUGCACCACCACCCGCAACCCAGAGGUCCUCCACUUCAUGAACAUCAACAAGUACCGUGUCAAAUACAGCUCACCCAGCAAGGCACCGUAGCUGACCGGAGCGACGUGGAAAAAUGGGAAACAGAUUGACUUCUGGGGGCCGUUUGGUUUGAAGCCAAACGGGUCAGGAAUAGAGGUAGGGAUGAGGGCUUAUUAAACAUGUUUUUAACGCCAACAUGGGAGCACAAUGAAGCUAGUCGCUACCAUGUGUUGCACCCAGGGCGGCAGGAUUACAGAUUUUUUUACCAGCGUUUUUAGCUGGGCCCAUUUUUUCCACAGGGCCUCAGUGCCAAAACUUAGGAAUGGUCUCGUUUCAGUCGCAGGUCUGAGCUCUUAACCAGCACUCGGAGCCACAUUACAAACUUCCUCGAGCCAGUUCGAUGGAGCCUGGCAGCGAACCUGUGAGAGGCAGAGUGGUGCUUUUUGUACUUUAUCAACAGCUGAGCUUCAGUUUAGCUUUUUACCGACCACCGCGUCUGAAGCCAUCAGAGCUCCGUAGAAACCAGUCACACAGGGAUUACAGGGAAAGUGUUAUUCUGUAGUACUAAUGGAAAACAAUUACAGUGGACAAGUGCACUUAUUUAGGAGGAGGAAAAUGUUUCCCAGAUCGGAAAUACGGCGGAAGCUUGGUCACGUCUGAGGGAUCUGGUUCCGACAUUCCUGCGUUACGGCCAAAUCACAAUCACGCAUCAUCACUAGACGGAAACGGGUUGGUUUCCUUUUCCAAAAACACAUGGCAGCAUUAUUAGAAACUGUGCCUGAGCCCCAAACUGUAUUGUCGGGUUAACGUAAAAAAGCACUGUUACAACUAAUGUAAGAAAAGAAAAAAAAUAGCCUCACAACACUGUUUGGUCUCAGACUGUAAAAUUGUAUAGCUCGUGAAUGUCAGAUACUGACAGGUAUUCCAGUGUAUGUGUUGUGUAUAUAUAUUAUAUAUAGUUCUAUUAACACACACAAUCCUCGCCGCCCUGGAAGUCAACCUUUUUAAGAUGCCCUCUGCCAAUACACCAGCUUGUAAACACACACACACACACAUACUCUCGUCUCGUCCUGGGAGGACUGUCCACAUGCCGCUCAUGUUGUAAAUACACUGUAAAUAGUCUCAGACUUUUUAUGACAGAUCUGUGUUGUUGUGCUAGUAAUACUUUCCAAGCUUACUGUGGACUUUAGUGAUAAAUGGCUAAAGUUAGUAUAUGAAAAAGACAAAUGCAAGACCAUUUAUUACCGUUUUUACCAAAGGGAGUUGAAUAUGAGCUGGUUUUUUUGCCCCCUUUGUGUGUUCCUUUAUGUAUUUGCUUUUUCAUUUCUGUUGUAAAAACAUGGGGAAAAGUAGAAAUGUACCCAGGUCUUCUAGUUUUUAUAGAAGGAAAAUCUUUUUUUUUUUUUCUUCCUCUGAAUGUGACAAUUGGUAAAAAGAAAAAAAACAAAUCACUGCCCCCCCACCACCACUUCUUUGUUUUGUUUUGUGAGCAACGCCGUCCAAGGUGAUGGCAGGGACUCAUUAUAAAGUUGGGUCUUGGCGACGGUCUCGCCCUUUGAUACCAGCCUCCCUCCCUGGGUACAUUUCUACUGCAAGCAUCAAUCCACACCAUAUUUUUGAUAAUGGAAGAAUUCACACAAGCAUGUCUUUAGUCCCUUUAUUUAGACAUUAUUUAAAGUAAUAAUAAAAAUGACAUUUGUAGCUUA